AUUCAUUACACUCUAAAUUUGAUUCAAUAUGUAUUGGUUUAUUUCUUUAUUCAAAGUUCUUGUCAAUUUUAACUUGAUUUGAAUUCUAUUGAUGGGAAAUUUCUGGGUGAUCUAUGACCUUGGGACUGUUUGAUGUGGAUUCUAAAAAUUUAGCAGAACUUUAUUCUUUUGUGCUGUUGACUGAUUGAAGUGACAUCAAGCAUGGUAGAAUUUGCACAGUGAUAAUGCGACUUUCAUUGUGUUUCUAACUCCGUCUGGAAGAAGUGUUGAGUUGAUGAUAGAAUACAAUGAUAUUUUUGUAGAAGAGAAAAAGUGUGCUUUCUUUAUUUAUGAUAUCUUUCCUCUAAUGAAGGACGGCGUUUUGUACCAAUAGCAAUUACUUGUGUAUAUUUUUGUAAUCAAAAUUGAAAAUUCUAAACACAUCAAUUAGUGAUGGGUUUGGGCUGGCUCAUUUGAGCUUGUCUACUGACAUAAAAACUUGCUUUUUCUAGGUGAAGAAAAUGAUUAUCACAAAGCAGUACCGAUGCAUACAUUCAGCUAGCUGUCAAUGUUCCAAAGGGCAUCUAAGUGAAGACGCGAUUUUCUUAGUGUUUCAUAAUUUAAAAUGGAAUCCUAAGCUGAUUGCUGCUCUAUCAUGUGUGUGCAAAUGGUUUGACGAUCUUGCGAAGCGAGUUCUAUGGAAAGAGUUUUGUCGAACAAGAGCUCCAAAGAUGUUGUGUGAUCUGCAAUCUACCGGGAGCCACGUCGUUGAUGGGAACUGGAGGGCAUUAGGGAAGCUUCUUACGUACUGUUCAGGAUGCACGAAAGGUGGCUUGUUUAAAAACAUUCAGAAUCAGAUCCCUGGUCACUUUGUGUAUCAGACUCGAUUUUCUAGAACAUCAGGGAAGAGCUUUCUUUUGCCACAAUGCAGAACUGAUGUUUUGUAUGUAUCUGAUCCUUGUGAGCAUCUAGAUCAAGGUGAAGAAGGAGAUAUAGGAUUCUUCCGUGGAGUUUUUAAGUCGUUUGCAACGUCAAAGGUCAGAAAGAUGCUUAUUAGUAAAGGUGCUAAGCUUCAUCAAACAGAAGUUUGCCCUUAUUGUAAGGCGAAGUUGUGGAGCAUGCAGCAAGCUAAAAUGAUUCCUCAAAGUGCUAGCUGCAGGUUGGGGUCUUAUGAAGAUGAUAUUGAGUAUUUUGUGUGCCUCAAUGGUCACUUGAUUGGGAUAUGUACCCUAUUGCCGUUGUCUGAUUCGGAAGAGGCACCUGAAUUGGAGUAAUGGUUGAAUGAUUUUCAGCUGUCAUCAUUCAUUCUGAUUCUGCUAAAUUCAAGAUGAAGAAGGCAAAUAGUGUGCCUCUUGGGGUGGUUUAUGAUGUGCUAUCGCAUACGUUGGAAAAAUGGUUGAAAAAUUCUUCAGAUGCAGAUCACUUGUGCAGAUGAAGAAUACUCGUAGUAUAGAUGACUAGGAUGUAGCAUGUAGCAUGAUCCAUUUAUUGGAGGUGUUAUUGUUGUAUUAUUCUUGUUUUAUUCGACAUUUAUUGUUAAUUCUAUUAUUUUCAAUGUCUGGUUGGUAUGCUUUGGAUAGAAUGUAUAUAAUUGUUUAAACAACUAGCAAAAUUUACAGUAUGUAAGAACAAAUUCAAGCAAAUCAAGUUUUAGCACUCUGAUUUUUUAGGGUAUGUAUGUAAGAACACUUAUGCUUGGAUAAGUUAAGAUGUGUCCAUCCAAACAUGACAUAAAUAGUCUGACUUGGACAAACUA